UUCUUUGCCGUCGACGACCACGGCGCCGCAAACGGCUCUUGAGAGAUGGCUGCCUUGGCGAAGAAAGGGCAGCCAUUGGGACGGCUUGGGCAAGGGGCAUAGCCGCCAGGAGACCUACCGCAUCACCGUUGCCUGCGAGCCUCGUUACUACGGCCCGGCGGCGAUGUCGAUGUCUCAGCCAGCCUUGGAUCUGCAACUGACACAGCGUGGCUUGUGCGCAAAAAGCCCUGUCCGCCGCUGACGAGGCCCGACUGCCUUUCGUUCCAAUCUGCAUUGCCAUCUCACGGCUCUUCCCCUCAGCAUGUCCGAGCCGCCACCGCCGCCGCCAUCAGACCUGCCGGCGGGGCUCUUCGGUCCUCGAGUGCGCACUGACGCCGCACCAUCAAGCAGUGCGCCAAGCUCAGAGUCGAUGGACUCGUACAGUCUGUACAAGUAUAUCGAUCUGCGAGGCGUCUACGGCGUCAAUGUUGGGCCACCUCGAGCUGACUUGGCAGAGGCGGCGAGAAAGGCGCUCAAGCCAUGGCAUCGCAGAGCGGAUCUAAGCGACUGUACAGAGUCGCUGGACGGGCCGAAUCUCAUUGUCAACAUACCAUUCUCGCAGGCGGUGAAGAUCUCGUCGCUUCUGAUCAAUCAGGGAAGCGGCGAGGAUGCAUCGCGGGUGAGCGCAGCAGAGAGCAGCUCGUAUCGACAGUCCUCAUGAAUUGACGCACAUCCCUCGUCUGCUGUUACCGCAGCGGGUCCGCCUCUACGUCAAUCGCCCCAAUGGCCUCGACUUCGACGACGUGACCGACGACCCACCGUCGACCGCCCCUGCGACCGGCCCUCCCAGCUCUGGCCUGC